AUGCGGCGGGCGAGUGCCCCCGCGGCGGGCCGCAGCACAGCGCUGCUGGCCCUGGCGCUGGCUCUGGCAGGUUCCCUGGGCGGCGGGCAGCACUACGACUACUACGGGUGGCAGCCCGAGAGCCUGCCCCACGGGCGCUUCUACGGGCGGGAGCCGCAGUGCCUCGACAUUCCGCCCGACAUGCAGCUCUGCCGCGACGUGGGCUACAAGCGCAUGCGGCUGCCCAACCUGCUGGAGCAUGAAACCAUGGCCGAGGCCAAGCAGCAGGCGGGCAGCUGGGUGCCCCUGCUCGCCAAGCAGUGCCACACAGACACCCAGCUCUUCCUCUGCUCCCUCUUUGCCCCCGUCUGCCUCGACCGGCCUGUCUACCCCUGCCGCUCCCUCUGCGAGGUCGUUCGUGACUCCUGUGCCCCCGUCAUGGAGUCCUACGGCUUCCCCUGGCCCGACAUGCUGCAUUGUGGCAAGUUCCCCUCCGACCACGAGCUCUGCAUCGCCGUCCAGUUUGGGAACAGCAAGGUCACCCCACCACCAGUGUCCAAGAUCUGCACCCAGUGCGAGAUGGAGCACAAGGCAGACGGCAUGAUGGAGCAGAUGUGCUCCAGUGACUUUGUGGUGAAGAUGCGCAUCAAGGAGGUGACGGAGGAGAAUGGGGAGCGGCGGCUGGUGGCCGCCCAGAAGAAGAAGGUGCUGAAGCUUGGCCCUCUCAAGCGCAAAGACACCAAGAAGAUGAUUCUGCACAUGAAGAAUGCAGGUGCCUGCCCCUGCCCCCAGCUUGACAGCCUCAGUGGCAGCUUCCUAGUGAUGGGCAGAAAGGUGGGCAGCCGCCUGCUCCUCCUUGCCAUCUACCCAUGGCAGAAACACAACAAAGAGAUGAAGUUUGCUGUCAAGUUCAUGUUCUCUUACCCCUGCCCCCUCUACCACUCUCUCCUCUAUGGGUCUGGGCAGCACUAG